AUGAGAGAAAACAAUACAAGCCAUGCUCAACCAAAUGUCCCAAGUCAACCUUCAUGCUCUAACACAGUGAGGAGGAGUCCAAGAAAACAUAACACAGUGAGGAUGAGUCCAAGAAAACAUCCUAUUCCCCCAUCAACUACAUCUAUUCGCAAGCAACAGUCAGGUUCUAAAAGAGUUAGUAGAAAUAGUAUUGAUGUAACUAGGAAGAAGUUGUGCACAAGGAGAGAUGGUGGGAGGAUUGGUUCUGCAAAAAUUGGGAAUGAUACUCCAACUAUAGGUACUCAAGAGAGUGUGGUUCAACAAGUUCUGGUUGCUGAUGAGGGUGAAAAUGUCAUGCAAGAAGGUUAUAAUAUGGGUGAAAGUGUGGUUCAACAACUUCCAGUUGUAGAAGUUCCUGUUGGGUUUUGA